CAAAGGUGCAGAUAGUCAAUACGUGAGACAUCUAAUGGUAAAUGGCAAAGAGAACCUCAUUUACCAUGUAUAACUACCCACAGGAGGUACAUCAAAGUGACCCACUCACAGUAACCCAAGGAAGUGAGCAGUGACCAGGAAUGAAGAAAGUGAAAGAAGUACCAAUCUACAUCACAGACAGAAAAGGGAGGAGGGAUGCUGCGGUUGCCACGGCAAAACUUGAAGAGAGCAGCAGGCAUCCAAAGAACGCAGAGCGAUUGAAGAACAAAAGGAUAGUUAGGACUUACAACCAAAAGUUGGGUGCUCUCCGUCAGCAGUACUCAAGAGCAGUGCAAGAACUACGGAAGAGAAGGCUGUACACUCUAGCAGACUUGGUUUGUGGUGCUUCGAGGUUCUUGACCGAAGAACAAUUAGUAUUCUUUACAUUGCAGUUGAAAUCAGGCUGCCACAAUAUGCAGGGAGUCAGGUACAGUGUAAGAGAGAAGAUACUUGCAUUGGCUUUCUAUUUGCAAAGCCCAGCCCUGUACAAGUGGCUCCGAGCGAUAUUUCACUUGCCAACAAAGUUGAUCCUGGAAAGGUGGCUAGAAGGUAUUGCAAAAAGUGAUCCUGACACAGCUAAAAGACUGAUGUACCAUGUCUAUACUAAGUACAUCUUCAAACAGUGAUGUGAAUGCAAUGGUAAGACUGCAGUUGUACAAAAUUUUGAGACAUGUGUUUAUUUUAUUUAAUGUACAGUGAAUGAUACACAACUGUUGUAUAUGUGUUAAUUAUAUUGUACAUACAAGGUAAUGUUUCUAAGGAAAGUGUCCUGAGUGGGAGGGGGGAAAUUUGUGUUACAAAAAUUGAAAUUCACUUUAAGUUGGUUUUGAUUACUUAACCCACUCACGCCGGGUACAUUUUGUAGCCAAAAUAAAAAAAUCCGGGCGGCUACAAAAAUCGGUGGGCGGAGCUUCCCCGGAGUCUGUCCGCCCGCCUGCCCGUGCGCCGCUGCUGUGUCGGAGCCCCGAUACAGCGUCACACUGGCGGGACGCCCGGCAAUGUUUAUUUUUUCCUCUGUCUCAUUUAUGUGACACCUGGAACGAAUGGGUUAAGGUAUCUAAAAUGCUACAUACACAAAUAUUAGAUCAUGUGAGAUGAUAUUAAGCUUUAUUAGCUAGUAGCUAUCAAACUUAUGCUAGUUCAUGUGGCAUUUUCAACAAAAAAUCUGCUGUAGUUGUAAGAAUGUCUUAUUUUUUAUAUUUUGUAUUUAUGAACAUAAUAGACUUAUUACAGCCAAGUUAAGGGGACUGUCCUGUGAAAUGCCCACCUUUCCCUACUCAUUUCAUCAUAAAAAAAUAUCAGUUGGAGAUAACUCAUUGAUUGUUUUUGCAUAAUAUAGAGUAUAUAAUUGUGCUUUGUCUCAUAUAUGAUUUCAACCUCACUCUCCCAUGGGUGGGGGGCUAAAAAAAAGUCGAAAAAAACUUCUUUGGUACAUCCUAGCUCCCACAGUUUUUUCAUUUACAAGCGUAAGGCGUGUAAAUGGCUGAUUUUUUUAUUUCCAUUUUUUGGGGAUGGGGGACUGGGUGACAUAGAUUAACCUUUUUGAUCAUUUUUUUCAGCUUUGUAGUCUAUAUGUUCUUAUUUAGUACAAAAUUUAAAUAUUGGCCAUUCACAUGGCCUUAGAACUCCAAGGCUCUAAGGAAAGCAACAAACUGCAUUUGGUAUAAAAGUGUUCUUUGAACAUUCACGAACUCAUAUCUAUGCGCAAUGUCAUUAGAUGCACGAUUGCAAUAAGCAAAGGUCGACAUAGGUGUACCUGGGUGCACAUGCACAUUUGUGGUGUACCUCCUCACAUGUUGGUGGGCCGUCUGAGAACUUGUGGCAGUGGAUUUGCAUCCACUAUUGACUGGUGUCAAUCAUCUCUUUAAGGGGACCGUCCCAAGGGUGUGAAAAUUUUGUCAAAUUGAGUUAGCUAGCAUAUAGUAUAGGUACAUGAAUGAGGAAACUACCAAAUGAGUAUUAAAUCCCAGCUACUGUUAGUUUGUAGGAGACCCCCGCAAACUGCAUCACAGCAUAGUUCCCCUUAGGUUGGGUCACUCAGGUCCACAGCCGGUCCUCUUGCCCUCACCAUCAGCAGCUUCUCGAAGACACAUACUGGAAACUGAUUGGUUGACACCGGACACCUCAUGGCUCGCCUGUUGGACCACAGGCUCCCCUCGCUCCCGGGUAGCUGACACAGUUCAGCAGUACUUAGGCUCCAGCGCCCGGGCUGAGAUCAGCACUUACCGAUCCUCUAGCAGAGCAAGACCACAGCAAGCAGCACCAGGCCUAUCCAGGCCUUAGCCAUUGGGGGAGCCACCCCAGCUUUCCCCAUCGAUCUCCAGCACCCCAGCCAUACCUGUGGGCACUCACACCCACUUCAGUUACUCCUUAAGUAGAUAUCCAAAUAGGAAGGGAUAAAAACCUCCUAAAAGCUGUGUAUGUUCCAACUUGCAUAUAGCCUAUUUGAAAACUGGUGGUAAUACUGGACAAACAACAAGGUUGUCCAUAAUUAGGUGAACUUUCUUAAAGAUCUGGUUGUACCAUUGAAUAGGCAGUGAUAUAGUGCAGGAAAUUAACAGAGAUUUUCUAAAUUUUGGUUUAAUAUUUAUAUGCCAAAUGAUUUUUUUUUCUGGGGAAAGUAAAGAGAAAUAAAAAAUCCCAAGUGUAGUUGAAAAUUAGGCUAUUGUUUUCUUAUUUUCUUAAUUGAAUGAAGUUCUUGAGUAUUAAUAGAAACACAGUGUAAAAAAGGAAGCAAGACUGUAGAAUGGAAUUUUUUUUUGCAAUUCCUCUCACCCCCAUGCAAGAUAGUCCUCUUAACUGUUGAAAGCUAUUUGAAGUAUAUUGAAUUUUGUAUAUUGAGUGGGUUGUAAUAUACUAUUGUAUUUCAUUGGCAUUUUAUUAGAGACCUCAAAAUCAUUAAAAAGUUUGUCCAAGAACCAUCUCACAGACUACAAACAUGUGUUAUACAUGUGUUAUCAUAUGUGAUAAUAGUACUAAGAGAGAGUGAUAGGGAGAAAAAGAAAGGGAGAAGAGAGAAAAUGAAAAGAUGAAAGAGGACAAGUAGAAUGAACAUAAUGAAAUGAUAAAAAUACCUACAGAACAAAAAAUGGUUACUGACAAAAUGGGAAUGCAAAAUACAAGCCAAAGGAAAGAAUGAUUGACGAGAGACUGUCAAGAGAAACAAUUGUGAGAUAUGUAAGGAUUUACUUGAGUAUUAUGAAACGUCAUUUAAUCACCCAGAAUUCUUUUGACAUCUAGGCAUUCUCUUUUACUUAGUCUCUUGUGAUUAGAUUUCUCACAGGUACGUCAAACCUUUUAUGCUUCAAGUAAAGCGACUUUACAAAUAUAUACAAAACUGAAACAAUGUCAAGUAAGUACCAACAAGGUAUUGCAGUCAUAACAUCAUUUAUAACUCAGGCAGGCUGUGUAACAUCCAGUCCUAUCAUAGCAAAAAAUUCACUGAUGUCAGGAGACAUGUGACCAUGUCAGCAGUCCAUUUUCUGUUGGCAGAGAGCCAUACAAUAUUCCAAGCUCAAAGUGGCUUGUGUUAAUGGGCUCUGGCAUCGUUAGGCUUUACCCAAAAUUUUAUCCAUUUGAAUGGUUUAAAGUAAACCUAACAUAUCCUAUUAAUAAACACAUGGAAUAUUGGUAAUCUUCAGAUGUAUGAUUUUCUCUUUUUUAUGUAUUUACAAAGUUCAUAAAACUCCUCUUUUACUCUAGCAAUACUGCAUGUCAAAAAGUUCUGAUGAACUGGUGAGAUUUAGGUGAAGAAAAGACACUCCUUGGUAGUACUUGUUUAUCUUACAUAAUUACACAGUUGGCUAUACAAAGAGACCCUGAAAAUGAUUUAUUCAUACAAGAGAAUUUCAUUUGAAACAAAAUGAUGAUACGUAAGUUGAAAAUCCUAGAACACAGGGUUGAGUGAUAUGAGAAAUCUGUCUUUACACCCAUUGGGUCGGACCCACUUCUAGACCUUGAUUGCUCAUUGGCAGCACACAAAACCAGAGCAAGCAAAUGGUCAGCAAACUGUAAGGAAAAAAUGUAACAAAGUAUUGGGACAUUACAUGUGGAUAUGCAAAGUGUAGACAGGGAUACAAGAUCAAACAGAACUAAUGCAAAUGACUAGUGUGUCAUGGUGGUAAGUGUAUGGCCUAAAAAGUAUACGAUGGGAGGCACAGUCCCUUGUCCAUGCCAUGAAUGUGGUGAUGUAGGAGUUCCAUUCAUUUUAGCAUGGCUGUACAUGGUAGAAACAGCAUUGUUAUCAAACAAACAUUCCAUCUGUGACUUUACUUUGAUGAUAUCUGGAUCACCUUGUAUAAUGUUACUGUAAUUAGUAAAACAUGCAGAAUGAACUUAAUAUUGUCAUAUCAGGCAUGGAAUUCUAGGAGGUUCAAUUUAUAACCACUCCAUUCGCACUAACAAGCAGUGAUUUAUGCAGAUGCCCCCACUACACACACACAAGUGGUAUUGUUACAUUCUCUUGGUAUUUUCUCUCUCAGAUUGCCUACCAGAGGGGGAAAAUUGGUAAUUAUAAGUAUGUCAAGCCAGAGUAACCAUAGCACAAAUGUAUAUGCGGAAGCUUCCUACAUAAAUGCUCAAUGUAAAGCUUUCCAUAAUGAUCAGCAACAACUUGAAAUGCUGCUUUGUUGCCUGCCUUUGAACAUGAUUGCCCUGAAGAUAUUAUUUUUCUUUUUGCCAUAUUGUAAUUGUAGACCACUACUGAAAUAAUGUGUUAGAUUCUUAAGGUUCUUCAUAGUUUAAACUGCUUUCAGUUCAUGUUGUGCAGUUCUAGCAUGGGGCUUCAUUCUUUGAAACAAUUAUUUAAAAAUAAGCAGAAAAUGCAAAUAUUGUUUGAUCAUAUUAACACAAAAUCUACUUGAUAAUCAGCCAUCUGAAUGUUGUAAGUACUAAGCUAAUAUGUGGUCUUGAGUUAUCACUUCAUAAUCAUUUCUUUAUCAGCCCCAGUGAACACUUCACAUAUUUAUCAUAAGUAAAUCUUGGAUCCGUAGCAUUUAAUCAUAAUGUCAUAUUUCUAAGGCUAAAGCCACAUACUUGAGGAAUUUUGUUUAAAGCCCAAUAAAUUUGUGAAGAGAAAUGUCAUAUUUUCUUGUACUGGGCAUUAGAUAAGCAAUGAGAUAUUAAUUACAAGUCACUAUAAAGUGAUUUCUACAUCUUUAACAGUUUAAAAGGACUUUAAGUACUUGCCAGUGUUAUCUGGAUCUUUACUUUUAAUUUCCAAGAGAAGACAUGUGAUAGACUAUGCCCUGGGGAUUCUCAAUAUCACAUUAAUAACUCCAUCAUUCCUUAAAGUUAGAAAACAUACAACUUGAGCAAUGCAAAAUUCUUGAAGAUACUUUUUUGAUAAUUUCCAGUCAAAGUUAUCACAUUGUAAGAUUAUUUUUACGAGCUAAUGGUAAAGGCUUUACUCAUAUUAGGACAAGUUUUUUUUCCAGUGAAGGACCUUGAAUUUAUUCAGUAUUGUUAUUGUACUAGUUUUUUUGUUACAUCCAGGCUGGAAACUGUGCAAUACUGCCAAGACAUUAUGCCAUUAAAAUAACAAUAAUGAAGAUGAUACAAUAAAGUCUACUUUAUUCACAUCACAUAUAGAUUUAGGGACUGACAAGAUGGGCUGAUUGUCUGAGUGGUGUACAAAUAAACCUGGUGAAUCCUUAUUUAAACAGCAAAAGAUUAUUUUUCCUUUAGACAUUGUCAUGCUGUCAUAUCAAGUAGAACAUUAUGUAUGAUUAUUUAAUCUCUCUACAGAACUGGUUUAAUGGCAAAUGUACCAUUUCUUCCAACAUCUGUUAUUUGAAAUGUACCAAGAAAAUAUGUGGUAUUGUAAUUUUCUAAUACCCUCACUUUUGAUGUAGUUUUCAUUCAGUUGGCUAGUGAAAACUGUUCAGUGAACAUUUUUUAAACAGAAUAAACUAGUGUCAAUAUUAAUCCCCUGUUAAUGACUAACUUUCUAACCAUGUUUCAUUAUCAUAUUUACAAAGAUGAAGUAAAAUUGGCAUUUUACUUGAAAUUUGUGUGAAAUAAAAGAUGAAAUGACUCAUAGGGUCUUUGCAAAAAUGCAAAAAAUAAAUUUUCUUUACAUGACUAAAUAUAAAAUUUCUCAUCCUUCCCUUUUUGUCAAAGACCAACACCAAUAAAUAUAUUAAUUA